AAGAAGCAAAAAGCGACUGGUACUGUUGUGGUAGUAAAACCAGCAUAUGGAAAUGGCCAAGUACUUGGUUUAUGCGAGACCACUUUCUUACAAUACGAUGUUCACUCGAGUCGAGCAGUCAGCCAAGACAUCUUCACAUCUCUGUUUGAGUGUACUCCUGUAAAGGUGGAUGCCAUUUUAGGAGGUAUUGAUUUCGACGAGCUACCAGAGUUGAAACAAAGUGACUUGCAAAUACUGCAAGAUAUCCAGGAGAAAGAACAAAAUCAAAAUACCAGCACUGGCGAUGAAAAGCAGUGUCCUACGUCCUCACUGAGCAAGGAUACCCUAGAAUCCGGGAAGCUAGAGAGUAACACAAUUAGGGAAAGCCGUACCGAGGUGUGGGGCUCAAUUGCUGGCAGCUCACGAGAUAGCCAAGAAACAAUAAUAAGUGACAAGACAAGGGAUGAUGCAGAAGAGAAGUCUUUUUUGAAAAAAGAAGUUCGCACAAAUAGCACCUUGAAUGAAUCUUCACUGCAGUGCUUAUCUCCAUCGUUAUCUUUUGAAAGUGAAGACUCGGGGUCAACAAAAGACAGUGAAGACAGUCAGAGUCAAAAAAGCUACAAGUCAAAGAAAAAAGCUCCAGCAGCCAAAAAGAAGAAAGUAAUGCUAGAUGAUUUUCUUUGGCAGCUGUUACAAGAUGAAAAAUAUAUUGCAUACAUACAGUGGACCCUCAAAGAAAGAUUAGAGUUCAAAUUUAGUCGUCCAGAAAUGGUGGCAAAGCUGUGGGGGGACUUUAAAAAUAGGAAAAGAAUGACUUAUGAGAAACUUUCACGUGGGUUGAGGUAUUAUUACCAUUCGAAGAAACUUGAAAGAAUCCAACACAAACAUUACCAUUUUAGAUUUUUACAAAGAAGCUUAGAUGAAAUCUGAGUUGUUUCAAGAUGAUUUGUUACCAGCACUUGUGUCACAAUGUUGUCAAUAUGUAAAACAAUUUAAACCCUAUCUCUAUUUGCUAUUUAGUUGUUUUUUAUAAAAAGCUAAAAAAAUUUGCAUCCCAGACCACCUUGAAAUACUAUUUCUGAAAUUUUUCUCUAAGAAAUAUUAACUGUGAUUUCACGUUACCAAUUUAGAGGUUUAUUUCUGAGAAUUUCUAAAUAGUAGCAUAAAGCUUUCACAUCAGUCCCUCUUUGCAAUAACAGAGGUUGCAUGAAGAUUGUUGCCCAACAUUUGCACAUCAUACUGACCAGGACUGAGGGAUAACUUUUUCAACCUUUGGGCCAUAAUCAACAACAAUUAGAAACAUUGAUAAUGUUUAUUUGUAAAAAGGGACAAAAUUUUCCAUUUAAAAUGUAUUAGAGGGCAAAGUCCUUUGGUCCCUCUCAAUUUCAUGCCACCUCUGCUGCCAGCAUAAAAGCAUUACUUAGCAUUUUCAGAGCUGUUAUGCCUUUUUCUGUUUUUCUAUCUACUUCUCCAAAUCUGUGGCACCAUUUUUAAAACAACCCCAUGCUCAUUUUGUUUCCAUGACAAUGGUGGCAAAUGUUCAGUGCUUGAGUAUUACUUCAAAGUUGUGAACAUUUUGCUAAGUUGUAAACAUUUUGCUAAGGAAUCUUCUUGAAGUAAUGUAAAAUAUUUGAUUAAUUACUGCUUCAAUAA